UCAUCUGAGCCUCAACACAGCCCCUGACCCAGGUCCCUUCUGCCUCUCUCCACACCUUCAUGUCGUCUUUCUAUCCAACCUGGUGUCAUAACCCCUCUGAGCCUCAGUUUCCUUAUCUGUAACAUGGGAAUAAAGAGAGCAUUUACCUCAUAAGAGUAAGUGUAAGGUUUAAAUGAGAUAAGGAACAUGCAGCAAUUCCUACAGCACCUGGUGCAUGAAUGCUCAAUAUACAUUAGCAUUAGCAUACAUAUUGUUGCUGUGAUUUUAUUAUUUUAUCAGUCAUGCAACCAGUUCUAAGGAGCACUUAGUAUGUGUGAGGUCCUGUGCUGGGAACUUAGGGGUACUAUGCUUGGCCUUAAAUAGGUUUAAAUCUACUUGGAAAGAGAAGAAAAAUCACCAAUCAAUAAAAUAGUUCAGAAACAUACAAUUUGGUGGUUUUUCAGAAUCUGUCAAAAUGCCCAGAAAUCUCACUCAGUAAAUCUGCCUCUUAAGUACACCCUCCCCCACUCCCCAUUUGCUGCAUCUUCCGGUGGUGGGUGGGGGGCGUUUGGCUGGAUGAGCCUGCCAUCAGGAUGCUGUGUGCUGGGCUUUGGGAAACCCACAUGGGCCUUGUCUGGACUUCCCGGCUAGCCCUCCCUUCCACACUCCAAGCCAACAGCACCAACACAGUCAAGGCCUGAGCCCUGACUUCCAUCUUCGGGGGACAGAGCCAGCGUUCCAGCCAGGUUCUGAGAGAGAGGGGGUUGCUGAUCAGGGGAUAUUGCCGAGAGGACCAAGGAUUUUGUCUCUACCACAGCCCUAAAAGGCUCCUUAGGAGGGAUGGAGGGUGAGGGCGGGCUAUGGGCAAGGGGCAGCCAAAGGCAUUUGUGGGAGGGAGGGAGGAAGGAGGGGCCACACCUACGGACAGGGAGGAGUAGGAACCAGGGAACUCAGCCAGCCGAGGGGAUCAAAUUCCUCUGCGGUGAACUCUGAGAUAGGAGGCUUGUGGGCACGGAGGCCUGAGGAGGGAGAGAGCCAGAGGGGGAGACCCAGCCACUCCACCUACCCACAGCCCAGUCCCGCAGGCAGCAGAGCCCGCAGUAGCCACCUUCCCUGGGGCCCACACCUGCCUGUCCCUCCUGGGCCCUCAGUGCCUGCAGGGAAGGAAAGCCGGAGAGAAAAAGGAGACAAUGGAGCCAGAGAGGACUCAGAUAAAGCUUGAUCCCAGGUACACGGCAGCUCUUCUGGAGGUUCUGCAAACCAAUUACAGCAUUCCCUCUAUCUGCUUCUCUCACCCUCCCACAGCAGCCCAACUUCUGAGAGCAUUGGGCCCUGCGGAAAUUUCUCUCACGGUCAUCAUGACCUUGCUUGCCCUGGGCUCAGUUGCCAUCUUCCUGGAGGAUGCUGUCUACCUAUACAAGAAGACUUACUGCCCCAUCAAGAGGAAGACUCUGCUCUGGAGCAGCUCUGCGCCCACGAUAGUGUCUGUGUUCUGCUGCUUUGGUCUCUGGAUCCCUCGUGCCCUCAUGCUCGUGGAAAUGGCCAUAACCUCGUUUUUUGCGAUGUGCUUUUACCUGCUGAUGCAGGUCAUGGUGGAAGGCUUUGGUGGGAAGGAGGCAGUAGUAAGGACACUGAAGGACACCCCAGUGAUGACCCACACAGGCCCCUGCUGCUGCUGCUGCCCCUGCUGCCCACAACUCAUGCUCACCAGGAAAAAGCUUCAGCUGCUGAUGUUGGGCCCCUUCCAGUACGUCUUCUUCAAGAUAACACUGAGUCUUGUGAGCCUGUUUCUCCUCCCUGAUGGCAUCUAUGACCCAACAGAUAUUUCAGAGAAGAGCACAGCUCUAUGGAUCAACACUUUCCUUGGUGUGUCCACCCUGUCAGCUCUGUGGACCCUGGGCAUCCUUUUUGGUCAAGCCAAGCUGCACCUGGGCGAGCAGAACAUAGGAGCCAAAUUUGUUCUGUUCCAGGUUCUCCUUAUUCUGACUGCCCUGCAGCCAUCCAUCUUCUCAGCCUUGGCCAACGGUGGGCAGAUUGCUUGUUCGCCUCCCUUUUCUUCUAAAAUCAGGUCUCAAGUGAUGAACUGCCACCUCCUCAUCCUGGAGACUUUUCUGAUAACUGUGCUAACACGAAUAUACUACCGAAGGAAAGACGACAAGGUUGGAUAUGAACCUUUCUCUGCUCCAAACCUGGAUUUGAACCUCAAAGCUGGAGGUGGAUUGCUUGGACAAUGAAAGAGACACUGCACUCAUUAGAUGGGCACAAGAUUUCUUUACUGUUCCUCAACCUUGACCAAAUGGGUAUGGAUUCCAUUGUCAGAGCAAGCUGGCUAAUGAUACACACUUGACUCUAGAGACAAAUGUGAACUAUGCAAUAGGAUGAAAUUGUUUUGGAUCUUGCCUGAGGAAGGUAUUUUAAGUUUUAUAAUAAACAAACAGGAUGGAGUUUGAUGUUCUACAACUGGGCACAUUGCCUCUGUGUGUGCCACUAUUAGCCCAUAAAGCUUGUAUAUUAAAAGGUUACUCUGAGAUUUCCCAAAGCAAAUGAAAGGAGGAAGAGUAUUUGAUAGUUUUACUGGUAUAAUAACAGGAAUAGAACUCAGCCAGGCAAAAUAGUAUGAGCCCAAACUCUCAAAGAAACCAGGCUUCUGAAGAAUAGAUGAAAGGUGUUCUUUCCCUUACAGAUGUGUCAGUAGGGCACUGAUGACAUUAGACCUGGGAGAUCUGGAUCAGCCUCCCUUUGUGGGACAAUGGCUUUUUUAGUCUUCUGUACCAAGCUGCAAAAGGAAUCCUGAUAAUAUGUUCAUGGAGUUAUUCUGGGGAGACAAAUUAAGAUGCAAAAGCAAAGGAAAUGAUCAUACAGGUAAAACCCCCAAAUUAGGAUGCAAGAGCAAAGGAAUUGAUAGUACAGGUAAAAGCCCCAAAUACAUAAAACAUAUCAUACACAUGUAUACAAGGUCAAAAACACAGAAAAUGGAACAUAACAUAAAAUCACUUUUCCUUUAUUUGGCUAAUGACAAAAGCCAAAAUAACUGAACAAUUUAAUAACACUCAGACAGGAAAACAAUAUACUGAACACCAACUGAGGAAAACGUCCUUGUGGACACCAGCACUGGUGAUGGGGCCAACAUUCAUGCCAAGGCCAGAAUUUUUUUCCAAGACUCUUUCUGUUCAGGAUCCUCAAUAUAAAACAACUCAACCAAUCAAGUCUCUGUGUUCAAAACAGUCAGUGCCUCCCUAAGAAGGGUGGGAAAGCCCACUUGGAAGCUAAAAAAACCACAACUGGAGUCAUCCUAAUGUUAAACCAAGUACUUUUGUUCUCUACCCCAAUCUGAAUACUAACAUUAAACUUUGACAGAGUAUCUUUCUCCUUUGUUUUAAAGAAAAUUAACAUUUAAUAGUAUAAUCCCAAGAACAUGUUCUACUUACUUGGAAAAAUAAUAGCUAGGGACCACUCUUUAUCCCAUGACAAUCUAUUCUGUGAGAGAAAACAAGAACAAUCAUCGCAUGACCUUGAAAAAUAUAACUUUAAAAAUAUUUAUACUGGUAAGGUUAAAAAAAAUACCAUUAGUUAAAAACAUUUUUAAGGGAGCUCUUUUCCUACCUGUACUGAUUCAACUUCUGGUGAUAGUUCGUGCUGACAGAAAAUGUAAAAGCUAUGGCUUUUAGGGAAUUAAACAAAAGCAGUGAAAUAUACUUGAUUUGGAAAGAUUUUAGAUACAGGGUCUGGAACAGGAUUAAAAAGGCAAUGAGCUCCAGAAAAACAAAAGCUACCCAUACAUCAAGAAACA